AUGGCCGCUCCAGAUCCAGAUCAGCCACGCCAGAAGAGUGUCUUCGUCCUUUGUUUUGAUGGCACGGGCAACAAGUUCAGUGGCAAGGACACCGACAGCAACAUCCUCAAACUCUACCGUAUGCUGGACCGCACUGAUGUGAACAUGUACACAUUUUACCAGCCAGGUAUUGGGACAUACGUCAGCUCUCAUUCGAUUCAAACUACCUCCACACUCGGCCGGAUCCGAUCCUGGUACCUGAAAGCCAUAGAUGAGGCUGUGGGCACAUCUUUUGCAGACCACGUAAUGGGUGGCUACAAGUUCCUCAUGCGCUACUACAGCUGCGAGGACGACUUGUACUUCUUUGGUUUCAGUCGUGGAGCCUAUACGGCUCGCUUCCUUGCCGAGAUGCUAGAUCAUAUUGGUCUGCUAGCUGCUGGCAACGAAGAGCUUAUCAGGUUUGCUUGGAAAACCUACGCCAAGUGGGCUGCCAGAAAGAACGAUGGCAGUGACAAGGCCAAAAUGGAUGAGGAGGAGCAGUAUGAAUUUAUGAGGGGGUUCAGGGAAACAUUCAGCAGGCCAGUUCGCCGAAUUCGGUUCCUUGGCUUGUUCGACACGGUGAAUUCAGUGCCGAGAUUCGAGUCGGCUUGGAUGCAACGAAGCAAAUUCCCCUACACUGCUCGUCCGUCGGCCAAGGUGAUAAGGCAUGCGGUAUCGAUUGAUGAAAGGCGGGCGAAAUUCCGUCAAGAUCUGAUCACUGGACCACAAGGCCAAGCAGAGGACCAAAGGCGCCACGACAUGCGUCGCUACGAGUCGGAUCUGAUGCAAAUGAACGAGAAAGCGCAGGCAGAUGAAGGAGAACGCGCACAUGUAGGGCAGGGAGGCCCGAAGAUUACCCUGACAACCACAUCAGGUGGCCAACUCUCAGUGCCAGCCGCCCAGCUUGCAUCACAAAGCUCCUCCGAGAGCCUCGCUGCUCCUAUGUAUUCUCCUUCCACUGAGCAUCUCCGGGAGAGAGCAAAGUCGCCACGAAAGCGCACUAGACGUCGAUGGUCCCAACCGAAGCGGCCGCAAGAUGUGCAAGAGGUCUGGUUCGCAGGUGGACACGGGGAUAUUGGUGGAGGCUGGGAAAAGGGGGACAAAGAGCACUGGAUGCUCAGCCACACGCCAUUGGUGUGGAUGGUGCAUGAGGCCGAGAAUGCGGGAUUGAAAUUUGACCCCGGAAAGAUGGCUCGUUUGGGAUGCUCGCCCCAUGCGGUCGACGAAUUUGGCGAGAGGAUCGAAGACACCACUACGCGUCAAUCCUUCCAGCAGAACCUUGAGAACUGCUACGCCGCCUCCACUCUGCACGAUUGUCUCACGUACAAUGGCGGCUUGCCCCGUGGCACCGUAUGUUUCUGGAAAUUGAUGGAAUACCUCCCGUUUCGGAGAAUGGACUUGCAAGAUGGGAAAUGGAAAGCUAUCCGCUGGCCACUCCCUAUGGGAGAAACUCGAGAUAUUCCAGACGAUGCGCAAAUCCACAUCUCCGUCAUCCGGCGUAUGCAAGCCGACCCGACUUACCGUCCGGGCAAUCUCAUUGUCGGCGGCGGUGGCCGCGGAGUCCGAAGAGCUCCCGAGAAAUAUGGCAUUGGCAAGUGGGAGUCGCACAUGUGGGAAGGUGAUAUUAUCAAGCAUACCUUUGUGCGAAAGCGGCCGUCUUCCCCCGACUGA